AUGGAUACUGCAUAUAUAGUCUUAUUAUGGUGUUCCCUCUCCACUUUUUUUGAUUUCUUGGAAAUCCUAUUUUCUGUUAAGGUUUCUAAUCUCUCAUUUGGUACUAUUGAGGCAAUUUCACAAUUUGAAAGUUAUAAUAUAUCUUAUACCCAGUGCACUGCUAUACUUUAUAAUCUACAACACUCUACCUUAGGUUUUAUAUUUGAAAAUGAAAAUGUCUGUACUCUAACUACUUACAAACAAAAAUGGCAAAAGGAAUUUUUAAAUGCUCCUUUUCCAAAAUAUCUCCCAUUCAUUCAUAAUUCCUCUAAUAAAUUACUUAUAAAUUUCAAAGAAAAAGAUAGACCUAAGAUGUUAUCAUCUUUUGGAUUAGGGAAUGAUUCUUCAAAAUGUUUUAUCUUAGGAUUUUCUGGUAUAGGAAAUCGUGGCAUCUGGACAGCAGCAGCUGCUAGAGGAUUAGCAGCACAAUUUUUUGAUAAUAAAGUUCCAUUAAGAUGGGAUGUCGUUGCAGGUAUUUCAUCUGGGGGAUUAAAUGCAUUAAUAUCUUCAUAUUUUAUACCUGGUGGUAAAGAACAAAUUAAUAAAAACAGUAAAAUACUAAAUGUUAUGCAAAAUUCAACAUAUACUAAUCUAAAAUCUUCAUAUAUUAUUAAAGACUCAAAUAUUAGAUCUGAUAAUUAUAUUUGUAGUUCUGGAGAUAACAAAGAAUUUAUAUUUGAAAUUUGGAUUGGUUUAGGUAAUCCUAAAAGUAGAUCUAAUGUCAAAUGUUAUUCACCAAUUAAACCUUCAGAUGAAUAUUCAAAUGAAGUUUACCACAUUAAUACUAGUAAUGAUCACUUCUUUGAAAAUGAAAUGAAUUAUACUAAUUACCUUUAUGAUAUGUAUCUUAAGGCUAAUAGUGAAGUAAUUAAUAAUAAUUGUAUAGUUCCAAUAUCACAAGAUUCAAGUCGUUGGUGGCAAGUUUUAAUUCCAACAGUAACAAAAAUUGGGAAAUAUAUUACAAGUUUCUGUACUCAAGAUGGUUGGAGAUCUUUUGUAUUAGGGUCCUUACGUAAUUUAUAUAGUGUUAAAAGAGAAGCUUUAAUAAGUGCAUCAAGAAUUGUUGAUGGUACACUUGUUACAUGGAGUAUGCAAUCUAUUUUAGCCCAAAUAUUGGGAAUUAAAUUAAAAGAUAUAAAUAAUAAAAGUGAAACUUCUUGGGUUUUAAUGGAUUAUGAGAAUUCUAAAAAGCUUGCUGAUAUUGUUCUUGCUAGUAAUGCAGUAUCUGGAAUUUAUAUGCCUGUUGAAAUAGAUGACAAUUAUUAUAUUUGGGGAGGUCUUAGAGGAGAAGCAAAUCUAGAAGCUGCUAUUGAGAGAUGUAUGGAAAUUAAACCAAAUAUAAAAGAAGAAGAUAUAGUUAUAGAUUUUAUCACUGGAGCUUAUUAUCGUGAAGAACUUUUUCAUGCAGGAUCUUAUAAUGAUAUUUUAGGAAAAGAAGGUUUUUUUGGUAAACUCAAGCGACGAUUUCAGAAUUUAAAUAAAGACAGUGAUUGUAGACCAGAUCCACCAACCUUAUUUGAACUUCUUAAUAGAGCUUGGGAAUUUGUUACUUCUCCAAUAAGAGGAUUAUAUCCAUUAGAAACUGUUAUUAGGAGAUAUCCUCGAGUUAAAUUCCGUUUUAUAUUAAGACCAAAGACACUCAGAUUUUUCCCAAAAAGUUCUUUUAUGUUCCCCCAUCAUAAACAAAAGAUGCUAAUUUUAAUGGAUGGAUUUUAUACAGGUAGAAAUGCUACUAUCUAUGAUUUCAGUAUUAAUGAUACAACUGUAUCUAUGUAG